AUGAUUAUUACUAAAUGUCAAAUAAAUGGGAAUGGAAUAUAUUUGAUACUUAUUUUAUGCCUAACAUUGGUAAGUACGGUUAAUACAUUAAAUGACAAACCGUUACUUUUACUUAUAUCUCUGGAUGGUUUCCGGUAUGAUUUACUAAAUGCUACUAUUGUACCAAAUAUUUGGAAAUUUGCUACCGAAGGUGUAUAUUUCAAAAAUGGUUGUCGUCCACAAUAUCUCACUUAUACGGCCCCAAAUCAUGCAACAAUAGCAACAGGCCUUUUUAUUGAAAAUCAUGGAAUUGUUGGCAAUUAUUUUCAUGAUCGGGCUACUGGUACGACGUUCGAUUUAUUCAAUUCAACACAAAAAAAGGGAGCGAUAAAGAACUCCUUAAUGGGACAUUUUUAUAACGGUGAGCCAAUAUGGCUUACCAAUGAGCGAGGUGGUUUUGGAAGACGUUCGGCUACUUUAUAUUGGCCUACAGGUAGUGGACAUUGGCCAUCUAUACCGCAUAAGCCUACAUUACACAAGCCAUGGAUGGAAUAUAAGAAUUUAUCACAAUGGAUGAAUGAUUUUGAUGAAAUUGUGGAAUUGUUCACGCGUAAAAAUGAUCCUUAUAAUUUUGUCGCCUGGUAUAUUGCUGAACCGGAUCAUUUCCUACAUUUUAAUGGAUUUAAAAAUGGUAAAAUUAAUGAAAUGAUGCGACAAUUGGAUCUGUUAGUGAAAUAUAUCAGUGAUAAACUAGAAAAUUAUUCAAAUCUUUCGAAACAAUUAAAUAUUAUUUUAACUGCUGAUCAUGGACAUGCUGAGGUAUAUUGA